CCCCAAUUAAUUCCUUUUCUCUACACCAUUAUUUGACCGCUACCAAGCUCCCCGGAUUCUCUGUAUGUUGCUUCGGCAUCCAGCUUCUGCACCGUCACCUCUCAUUUUCUGUCUUUCUGUGUGUGUGGUCUUUCGUCUGCCCCGCUUCCACCGAUCUUAUAUCUUAUUGCCUGGGUGGUUGACAUUCCUUUCUGAUAGUUAUGUCUUGACCCCUUUCAACCGGCUGACUCAACAUCUUUAUUCACGAUUGCCUGAUUCCAACUACACACACUGCAACACGGCUUGUCUUCUAUUAUCUAGAAGCAAGCCGUACCUAUAACUCCCCCCCCUUUCUCUAUCUUUCUAUCCCUACCAUCAUCAUGUCCAACGAAGGUUGCUCUACCCCCCCAAUUUCAGUCCCCCCCUCCGGCCGCCAGCGUCGAGCUUCCAUAGCCUCUGGGCUUGGGUUCCCCGAAUAUCGAUCUGGCAGCCAAGGCCUCACUGGCCCUCCGCCAAGCUCCAUGGCCAACGCGAUGGCAAAUGCUCAGUCCAACCAAAGACGCCUGUCCAUCACCACCUUGGGUCUCUCGGGCUCUCCCACUCAAACAUCCCCCUUUAGCAACCGAAACUUCCGGCACGGUAGCAUCUCGAGCUCCGUGGGGUCCAAUCCUGCGAACCUGGAAGAGGCUGUGUCGGAAGAAGUUGAAAACAUGCCUCCGACCGGCACUUCUCCUUUCGCACGCCGUGUCUCGUUUGGUGCGCAGGCUUUGCGCGAGGCUCGCGGAGGAAGCAUUGGUACCGGCGAAGGCUUCAACUGGUCGGAAGCUCUUCGAGCCCGGGCCGAACGUGGGCCCGUCUCGCCCAAUUCAUCCUCGACCCAGCCUGCCACUAGUCUGGGCUCCUCACCUCACCACCAGCGGGCGGCGUCCAUCGCGUCCAUGGACCAGCCAUCCCGCCAGCUCCCCAAGCAAAACAAGCAAAACAAGCCGGAUUUCUUCCAGGAGAAGAUUCUCCGGGGGGACUUUAUGGAUUAAAAUGAUCCGAGUUAUUUAUUUAUUGUCUAUACCAGCCGAAAUCAGAAAAAGCAUAUUUAUUGUAGCUUGUUUCGGGUUCAUUCAACGGGAUAUAUGGGCUGUGCUACAGCUUGGCUUGUUUUUUUUUUUUUUUU